CGAAAGGUGGAUCGGAUCCUCUCUUGAGCUCCUUGCGACCCUAGGAGCCCCCAGGGAUCCUGGCUGCCAUUCCCAGCAGGCCAAAAACGUAUUCGUGCCCCCCAGUUUAUGUAGUGGUUGGCGUGGAUAGGGAGCCGUGUCAUUUGGCAUAAAUGGGGAGCUGUGUCUUGGUUGGCGAGGAUGGGUUGGCAUGGAUGGGGGGCCUUGUCUUGGUUGGUGGGGAUGGGUUGUCAUGGAUGGGGGGGCCGUGUCUUGGUUGGCGUGAUUAGGGAGCUGUGUCUUGGUUGGCGUGGAUAGGGAGCCGUGUCUUUGGGCUUUGGGUGCAGAGGAGUGCGAGGUGAACCGCUGCUGCUAUAGCUCCAUUAUUUAGGGACAGGCCUGUUUACUACUUUCAUGGGAUUGUGCACCCCUGAAAGGCCAUGGAGAAAAUAACUAAACAAACAAAAAGAAGGCGGGUUGGGAGCAAGGUUGCAGUUUCAGAAGCAGGGAUCCAGAAGGGGACCUGGAGCAGAGUGCACUGUCCAGCACCCACUGCCCCCUGAAAGAGACAACGGAGCCUGCAGACACCAACUAGCAAAACUCCUCGUGGAGAUGUGUGUGAAGGAGUGAGAGGAAGACAGACAACCUCACGCUCAUCCAGGUUCCCCAUGGUCAGAGCCUCCUUCAUGGUCUGCUCGAUGGCCAGCUUAACCAGAGCCAGAAGGAGGGUUGGCCAGGAGGUCCUGGAGCUUGGUGGGGCUAUGGAUGGGGAGGAUAUAACAGAGAAUGUGCGGGAAGAAGAGCAGCCAUAGCAGGAGGUUUUAGUGGAAGCAGAAAAGGGACUGCAACCUGGGGUACUGGAGGUAGGCGUGUGCCAGUGUCUGCCUCUUUUGGCAGAAGUGUCAGGGGUGUCCCUAAAGCACGCCACAUAUAUGCCCCUGUUGACCGCUUAAAGGAGGAGCUGCCAGCUGAGGUCUCUGAGGAACUGAAGUAGUUCUUGGGAUUCCUUUAGGGCAGGGGUGGGAAUGAUUUUGGGCAGAGGGCCACUUAGUGAGUUUUGGCAAGGCAUUGAGGGCCACAUGACAGGCAGCCAGGGGCAGAUAAAUAUUAACUUUUUAAAUUUUUAGGUGCCCCACAGGCCGGAUAGAAUAGCCUGGUGGGCCGCAUCUGGCCCAUGGGCCGCAGUUUGCCCACCCCUUCUUUAGGGACAGGAAGCAGGCUACUCUCAGCUUUCCAGCAACACAAAAAGAAUAGGGAAAUGACCCAGAUCAUCUAGUAAUAACUGGUGUACUGAACCAAGGAUGUUAGACAUAGUCUGUGGGCUGGAUCUGGUCUGCAGCAUAUUCUGGCUGUCUGGUCCCUGGUGAUGUCCCCUGGGUCUGAUCAGACCGAUACAGGACGUGGCAUGGGACCCUCUCCCCUUACCCCAACAUACCUGAUCUGGAAGUUGCUUCAGCUAGUCUCGGACCUAUACUGUGUGCAGCGUGGAUCCUGGUGUGUACAUGCAGGGCAGGUCCCUGACCAGCUGAAGUGGGUACUGCGUGUGGUGCAGUCUGGCUGGGGUGGCCACUGUGUGUCAUUUCAGCCAGACUGCACUGCAUGCAGCGCCCAUUCCAGUCACUCCAAAAUCUGUGCAGCAUGCAGUAUGGGUCCCAGACAGGCUGGAGCAAUCACCAGAUUGGGUAUACUGGGGGAGAGGGAUGGGGUACCUGGGACAAAUAUGUCCUGCGGACCAGUCCUAUGCCAGUCAUCUGGUCUGCAGGGCAGGGUGAGUUUGACAUCCCUACUGUAAGUGAUGAGGGACAAGUCGCCACAAGAUUUUAAUGUAGGGGCUACCUUGUAAGAAAUAAUAGUGUUUGCUUCAUUGCUCACUUUUAUGAAAGGAGCCUACAAGAUAGUUUCAUAGUUGUAGGGUCGGAAGGGACCUGAGCAGAUCAUCAAGUCCAACCCCCUGCCAUGGGCAAGAAAAAAUGCUGGGGUCAAAUGACGCCGGCUAGGUGAUUAUCCAGCCUCCUUUUGAAGACCCCCAGGGUAGGGGCAAGCACCACUUCCCUUGGAAGUUGGUUCCAGAUCCUAGUCGCCCUGACUGUGAAGUAGCACCUCCUGAUAUCUAGCCUGAAUCUGCUCUCCAUCAAUUUAUGGCUGUUAUUCCUUGUUACUCCCAGUAGUGCUCAGGGGAACAGGGACUCUCCCAUUGCCUGCUGGUCUCCCUUGGCCAGUUUAUAGACGGCCACCAGAUCCCCUCUCAGCCUUCUCUUGUGGAGGCUGACCAGGUUCAGGUCCCUUAACCUCUCGUAGGGCCUGCCCUGCUGCCCCCUGAUCAUGUGAGUGGCCCUCCUCUGGACCUUCUUGAUGCUGUCCGCAUCCCUCCUGAAGUGCAGCACCCAGAACUGAACGCAGUACUCCAACUGGGGCCUGACCAGUGUCGCAUAGAGGGGGAGGAUCACCUCCUUGGACCUGCUCAUGAUGCAUCUGUAGAUGCAUGACAAGGUGUGGUUAGCCUUCCCGACUGCAUCCCCACAUUGGCGGCCCAUGUUCAUCUUGGAGUCUAUAAUGACUCCAAGAUCCUUUUCUGCCUCUGUGCUGAUGAGAAGGGAGUUCCCCAGCCUGUAGGUGUGCUGCUGAUUCUUUCUCCUUGGGUACAGUACCCUGCACUUUUCAGUAUUGAAUCCCAUCUUAUUCUCAUCCGCCCACUCCUGUAACCUGUCCAGGUCCAAUUGCAGCCUGUACCUCCUUUCUAGUGUGCUGACUUCUCCCCACAUCUUAGUGUCAUCUGCAAAUUUGAACAAGGUGCUUUUCACCCCCUUGUCCAAGUUGCUGAUGAAGAUGUUGAACAGUGCGGGCCCGAGGACUGAGCCCUGGGGGACCCCACUGCCCACAUCCCUCCAGGUCAAAAAUGACCCGUCCACCACCACUCUGUGGGUGCGGCCCUCCAGCCAAUUGGUGACCCAUCUGACUAGGCAUCGACACCACAAUCUCCUCAUUUUUUAAUGAGAGUGGAGUGAGAGACAGUGUUGAAGGCCUUCCUAAAGUCUAGAAAGACUACGCCUACCGCAACACCUGCGUCCAAGGUUUUUGUGACCUGGUAAAGAUUCGGUUGAUAUAAUCUGAUCAUAUCAAACUUGACAGAUUUUAUUAGGUUCUAAUUGUUAAAACUGAAGGAUCGUACAUUUUACAAUUAGUUUUGUUUCUUUCAAAAUAAACAAUUUCAACGAUUGUUAAUAAUGGGAUGCUGAUGGCAACUGGUGUCAUUAAAAUAGAUAGCACUUCUCUUUUUAACUUGUUUUUGAUUGCUUAGAACUUCAACUUUACCAACCCCUAAUCAUACAGGUUAAAUACUUUCAUUUGUGUGUUCUUUCUCAGAUUUAUUUAUUUGCUUUCAACAAAAAUGAUUCAUCUUUGUUUUAGAAUGAAGUUAAGGGAAAACAGUGUUAAAACUGCUAAACCAUUUUUCUGACUGUUUGAGGAAAAGUGUCUCAGACUUUUUAUCAGCAACUUAACAUUUGUCGAGAGAGGCUCUAUUCCUGUUUCCAUAAAAACCCAGCCAGGGAUUGUGGCUCCAGUCAUGAAUACAGGCAAAAUGAAUCAUCUUUCCUUUAAUCCUGGAAUUUCCUAACCUCUUAGUGUUUUAUUUUGUAAUGUUAAUGAUGUUUUCAUUAACUUGUCUUUUACAUGUAAUACGUUAGAAAUAUCAGAUAAUUAAAGUACAUUUGUGACUGAAUGUCUUUGUAAUGCAUAUGUACUGACAAGCAUAUCUUGAAUGACUGCCAACUGAUUAUUGAACUGUUGUUAAUUGAUGAGCUUUAUUUUUCAAUGUUUCUUAGUCUGAAACAGGGCAUUGGGUGUUUUGCCUGAGUGAAGAGUAAAGAUCAAUUCCUAAUCAUUCAUGGGCUAGAUCAAGGCACCCUAGAGUGCCUUGAGAUCCUUUCAGGUGUCCUGUGGGAUUUACAGCGAUGAUCCGUCAGGAUUGAGGAUGACCACUCCCAUGGAUCAACUAAAGGAUUGUAGAUAAGUCAGUUUGGCUAAGAUCCCUAGAGUCACAGACUGGCAAAUGCCACAGGCGGUGGUUACAAGGAGGGUCAAACCAUGGAUUUCUUGGUCUUGUUUCCUUUCCUUCCAUUUCUGUUGUUUAUCUGUCUCCAGGGCAAGAUGGUUUUCCUCAAAGUAAGCCACAUAGACCUGUCCCAGGCUAGUUUUUCCCAAUUUGUGGUGUCAAUGCCACCCUUCUUAAUGUUUGCCUUGAGGGUGUCCUUGAAGCAUUUCCUCUGGCCCCCAUGUGUCCUUUGUCCUUGCCUGAGUAGGAAGCAUAGCAGUUGUUUCAGCGAACGUACAUCAGACAUGCGCACACAGUGCCCUGCCCACCACAACUGAUGUUGAAUAAUCAACACGUCCAUACUGGUGGCAUUGUCAUCGGUGAGGACACUGGUGUGAUGAUCCUCCUACUUUAUGCCAAGGAUCUCCCACUGGUGAUAGCACUCCAGGCUUUUCAGGUGUUCCCUGUAGGUCACCCAAGCUUCACAGCUGGGUGGGAUUCAGUACAAUGUUAGCAGUAUUAGGUGUGUAAAACAUGAUUCACAAGAUAAACCUAGAGAUUUUAAAUAGGAACCCGCUGCGUUAAAAGCAUUCUGACCUUUUGUGGUCUUUCUGAGUUCUUAGCAACAGGAGAAUUGCUCUAUUAUUUUUCUGCAGUCUAAAAUCAAAUGCAAACUAAGAGCUGACAUUUUCCAAUGGGAGUCUUGACUAUAGUGAGAGGAGCCUCAAGUCUAAAAUGUUGAGAACCAUUGAGCUAGAUUAUAGGUUUGUUGCCCUGCCCUGCCCUACAAGAGCAGGCCACUUUUCUGUUUUUGCCAGGGAAUUAAUCUGCUAUGGCCCUUCAUCGUGUUGCAGUACUUCUCUGUGAGUUCCACUCGGCCAUGCUGCAUGGAAUGAGGAAUGGCAGACUCAAGGAUCUGACUCGUUCCUUUUUCACCUGUGUGCACGUGUCAGGAUUGGGAUGUGAGCUGAAUCCAGGGCUACAGCUUGAAUCCAGGUGCUGAAAUCAUGAUCAGGGACAGGCCAAGGUCCAGAAGCCAGGGUUAGGAAGUCACAGGUCACACUUGGCCAGGAUCAGAGUGAAGAAUGAUCCCCGGGUCAGAAGCUGAGGGUUACAAUUGGGAGGAAACCCAAAGUUGGAAUCUGACACAGUUACCAGAAGAGCAGGGGCCAGCGUCAAGGCCAGGUACUAGGAUCAGAGUAGUCUCUGACCUGCUGGUUUUAAGGCUGGUAUUAGGGAGGAAUUGGUCUCCUGUCAUCACUGUCUAAGUAAUGAUUGCCCACCAGAGGGAUGACUCAUCCUGAGCUUGAAUCAUGAUUCAUACAGCAUGGAAGGAGGCACCACAUGGUUUCUGCAGGCAGCUAGCACACUUCCACGUGCUUGACUAAAAUACGAACAAAAAAGUUAUUGGUGUCUUUCAGUGUCAUAUAGAGAUGCUGUGAAACCAUUUAUAACAAUUGAAGGUCUCAUUUUGGGUGAUACUGAAUAUUCCAAGCUGCCGUUGACUUAGAUGAGCAUCCACAACUCUCAUGUAAGAUUCAGUUUCCAAAUCCAGGUACUUUUUGGGUGUGAAAUUUUUAUAGAGCUUAUAAUUAAGGCUUCAUGCUUUUAAGUGUUCAUUUUUUCCUGUUUUUCAGGUUUUUACAUAUACUAUGACCAUAUAGCAAAGGGAAAAUACUUUUUUUCUUAAACUAUUUUAAAAGUUGGCCCACUCUCAUUCGCUUUAUUCCUAGAGAUAUGUCAAACUGAGCUUGAGAGAUCUCUAAAAUCUAUUACUGGCCUCUAAAAAAAUUUCAACAUAGCACAGAUGAAUUACUUUUUAUAGACACAUAGUCUCAGACCUUUUUUUUUUUUUUUAAAACCACAGUGUGUAGUUAUCAUUUUUAAGUUAAAACCAGAAACCUACAUAUUCUGGAAGUGCUUCUUCAGCACUGCUGGUACAACAAUACAGUAGUUUCAUUUUCAAGGUAAACACAUUUAAAAUGAUUAAGAUGCAGAUUAACUAUUUUUUAACCAACCUGAUCCACUCAGUUCAUGUUCAAAUGGUAACAUAUAUCAAGACCUAGCACAAUCUAAUUAAACUAAAGUGUUAAUAUAUUUAGUUCUGUGUUAUGGGGUAAUAUGAAGUACUUGCUUGCAGGGUGAAAACAAUGAAUUAUAUGAGAUGCAACAAUCUGUUGUGUAAAUAAAAUAUGUUUUAUUAAAUCCAGGCAUAAAAGGAUACAUGUGUUGGCUGCUGUUUAUGCUGUAAGCAUUCCCAAAUACUUAACUUAAGACUUCAUAGUGUACAAUCCUUUCCACAGAAAUCUGAAACCAGGCAAAGCAUUUGCAUUUCUUCAAGUAAAAGAUGAUCCACUUUAGUGCAACUUCAUUGAUUUGUCUGAAUAUAUUUUUAUUCAGUUGUGGAGGAAAGAUUGUGUUAGGUAACAUCAGACCCUGUUCUACUAAGGGUACACCCAAUGUCAACAUUGUGGAAGAACCUCAUAAAGCAAGUGAGAAAAAUAAAUCGGCAGAUAUUUCAAAGCAAAAAGAACAAUGCCUUGUACCAUGCAGUGUUCAAGCAAAGAUGUUACGAGGAGAAAAACAGUACAUGUGCAGAAAUCUGCAGAGUUCUCUUGUUGAAUAUGCAAGAAGUACAAAACAAAUGAUAAGAAAUAUGAUGGAUGAUCAACAGUCGUCUUUGGACUAUCUUUCUAAUCAGGUGAAUGAACUUAUGAACAGGGUCCUUCUUUUGAAUGCAGAAGUAUUGCGAAAACAUUUGGAUCUGCUUCCUUACAAAACAGUUCAGUCUCAUGGACUGGAUUGCACUGAUAUUAAAGAUACCGUAGGUUCUGUUUCAAAAACUCCAUCUGGCCUGUACAUUAUUCACCCAGAAGGAUCAAAUUUUGCAUAUGAGGUUUUGUGUGACAUGGAUUUUCAAGGAGGUGGGUGGACUGUGAUUCAGAAAAGAACUGAUGGGAUAAUUGAAUUCCAGAGGACAUGGUCUGAAUACCUGGAUGGAUUUGGUGAUCUUUCUGGAGAAUUUUGGCUUGGCCUGAGGAAAAUUUUUCAUAUCGUAAAUCAGAAAGCAGCCAGCUUCCAGCUUCAUGUGGUUUUGGAAUCUGAAGAUGACAGAUAUGCGUAUGCCUCUUAUGACAAUUUUUGGGUAGAGGAUGAAGUAUGUUCUUUUAAAAUCCAUUUAGGGCGCUAUUCAGGAAAUGCAGGUGAUGCAUUUCGGGGAUACAGACAGGAAGAUAACCAGAAUGCAAUGCCCUUCAGCACCUUUGAUGUUGAUAAUGAUGGGUGCAGGCCAGCGUGCACGAUUAAGGAACAGCCUGUGAAGAGCUGCAGUAACUUCAGUGACAAGACAGGGUGGUGGUUCAACCAAUGUGGCCUUGCGAAUCUCAAUGGUGUUCAUCGUUUCACUGGCAGGUUUCUUGCAACAGGGAUUCAUUGGGAUACAUGGACACUGAAUGAAAAACCAGUCAAAAUUAGAUCAGUUUCAAUGAAAAUUAGAAGAACCUACAACCCUUAUUUCAAAUAACCACUUACUACAAUCUAAUAAAGCUCAUGUUUUGCAAUUAGGCUCACUGUCAUUCAAUCUUUACAGUCUUCGUUAAAUAAUCCAGUUUUAUGAGUUAUCUUGGUUAUUUAUGACUAGCAUUGCAUUUUUCAUUACUAGCAUUACCAAGUUUGAAUACUACUUAGUCAAUUAUAUUUGUAUUAUUAGACUGUCAGGAGGAGCUUUGUUAGUGCUUUAUACUACUGGAUGUCAGCUGAAAUGAGUGAUUGUACUCUCAUUCAUGAGUGAGAAGGCUCUAAGUGUAAGGCAUUUACAGUGUGAGGAUUAGGCUUUUGGUAUUCAGCUGCCUCUUACCUCCCUUUAGGAUUGAUGGUAGGAUUGUAACAUGCACAACAAGUAUAUUAUAUUUCACAAAUUAUAUUUAACAUUAUAUUUAAAAAUUAGUUUCUCUGCAUAUGUGAAUUGCUAAGAACCAUUAAGUAAAUAAAUCCAUAAAAGGCACAUCUGCAAUUAUGUUCAUUUAGAAAAUACAUUUCUACUCCUCCUCCUACCAUCUACCAGACUAAAAACCUGAACACUCUUUACUUAGGCACGAUUCUCAUUGAUAUGAGUUAGAGCCUGGUUUGAGGAAGGGCUGCAUAGUCAGGCCAUACAUACACACUUUUAGAAUCUUUUUUUUUUUUAUCUUUCACAUGCGAGAUUCAUGGUUCUCUUUUGUCCUUGCACAUUCACUGACAAUCACUUACAAUAUGAGACUCAGAUUUAGGGCAUUUUAAUAACUGAAAUGGUGAAUUCAUUACAAACUGACAUGCAGGGUUACAAUGCUGUAGGGAUUUUUCAUUGUCUUUGCAAUUGUAAUGUUGGAACUAUGGGCCUAUUCCAUCAUUCUUGACUUCAUUUUCUUUUGUUAAGGGUGUUUUCCCAUAACAAGGCAUCAAUAUUGAACUCUAUGCAAGCACCUUUUAAAUUAAGUAAUUUGGAUCGUUUGUGUUUGACCCUGUCAGUAAAAAUGUACAGAUAUCAAUAAAAAAAUGAAUAUUAUCAGUA